AUGAGUAUAUCACAAGUAAAAAUAAAGUGAAAGGACAGUUUGCAGUUAAAAAUAGAGGCUACACCACCCAAGUUGCCGAGUAUCACAAACGCUAAUGUUGGAUCCUUGGAGCGUUCCCUCAAUUCUAUAUCUCCUUGAGGCAUGUUUGCACCCUCGUCCACUAAAAAUAUUCGCUAUUUUAAGGGCAAGAAAAUGAUUUCCCAAAUUUCAGACUUGAAGUACAAAAACAAGAUGAAGUUGAAGAAUAUCAUGAGUGAAGAGGAAGAUAGGAACUUGAAUAUUUUCAAUGUUUCCGCCCUCAAGUUAGGCUAUCCUCAUAAGAAAGAUAUUUCAUUCCUUUUAGAGGAUUGAACUCUAACUGUCUCUCCUAAGAUACUUGACAAUAUUCAGGAGACACCACUCAGGAGGAUCAACCCUUCUGGGCGAACUACUGAUUGUAGGAAUAAAAUUGCAAAGACGAAAAGUCCUAAAAGAAGAGUUCUUGACCGGAAGAAAUUGAAUAAAUCAGUCCAUGACAAGCCACAAGCAAAAUUCAAUCUGGUUGGACUCAAAGUCAAGUGAAACCAGCAAUUUCAGACUCCUAAGGUGCCUAAUGCAGAUCUUGAGCAUAAGACGGUUGAAGAUAAGAGACAGUUCCAGGAUCAAAACCUUAACCUGCUUGCUAAAGAUUCACUUGAUGCAUCAAAUUCAGAGGACAAAUAUGAUGACGAGCAAUUCGAAGAUGAAAAUUUGAAAAGUUUAGAAACUGAGGAGCAUUCUGAGAGUAAACUGUCCCCGAAAAUUCAUAAGAAAGUUCAGAUCCCUAACACUAAGAGAGUUAGGAAGAAACUUAACCUGAUUGACCCGAAGAGUAUUAAGAAAGUUGACAAUGCCAAAAAUCUGACCAAAGUUCUGGGAAGUGAUUCAAAGAAUAAGAAAUAAAGAUGCAGAGACUAGCACAGAAAUCUCAAAGGUUAUGUUUGGAAGUCCUUACAGGAACCCUAGUAUCAGAGACUCUUCAACAUUAGCCUAUAUUAGCAAGAUUAAAGAGAAUCCUUUGCAGGAAGAUAUUUCAGAGGCUAGUCCAAAUCCACAGGAAUCUGCUAUCUUUUCACUACAAUCAAGAUCUCAAGAAUUUAAUAAAAAUGAUAGCAAGGAUAAGAAAAAGGGCGUUAACGGGUCUACUUCUAAGAGAGAAAUCAUUAUGAGCAAGAUGUUGAAAUAACUCAGAAGAGCCAAGAUAUAAAUCAGAUGAUGAAUCAGAGUACUCUUCAGAUACAUACGAAUCAGCUUCGAUGAAGUCCAGAAGCCAUGCAAUGAGAGUUGAGGUCAGUAAGAAAAAGAAGAAAAAGCAAGGCCAAGUCCAGAAAAGGAGUCUGAGAAGUAGAUCUCAGAACCAUAAGAGCUCAAAUAUCCCCACUGAGGAUUUUAAGAGUAUCGAGUUUGACCCAAUGCCAAAUCUUAAGUCUAAAUUUUCGAACAGGAAAAACUCAGUAGACGUUGCAAAGCUUCUCUCUAAGAAUAGACUCAAGAACAAGGCUCAUCUGCGGUACCAAGCUACUAAUAAGAUGAACUCUUUAAGAAAAUUGAAACUUAAAAAUAAGAAUAAGAUCAUUUAUCAGAAGUUUUUGCCUGUCAAUCAGCCAAAUUCUUCUAUUCUUUAUGAUAACUCCAAACUUCCAAGCAUUGAGAAUGAACGGAACUUGUCCAAUUUUGAGAGGUAAGCUUGAGUAUCAACAGGAUUUAUUAAAAUCUGGAGUGGAGGAAGAACUCAUUUGAUUAAGAAAUGAACUGGCUGGACUUAUAUAGUCCUAAUAUUUUAAACUUGUAUUCAGAAUUUUUAGGAUAGCUAUUAUGACCAUCUUUUAUGAUGUUGGUUGCUUCCUUGAAGUCUACAAAGCUUAUAAGAAUCCUAAAAUUUUUGGUGAAAUAGGAGUUCUAGUAGAAUUAAGGCAAAAUCUCACUACUUUAUAGGAAUUUUAUUGUGAAGACUCAGUUUCUUGAUCCCACCGCAGGACGACUUCCUUUACAAAAUAACACCAUUGAGGCAUCUAAGAUCCAGAGGGAGAAUGAUAGCAUAUAGCCCAUGAAGGGUCUCAUGACAUCUCAGGAAGUCCAAAUUUAAUGUCUCCAUUUGCAGGGCAUUCUUUGAAUACAUCGAAAUUAACAGUGUUUAAUAAUGUAAUUGACCCACAGUUCAGAAGUAUUGAACAGUACCAUCAAAAGAAUUCAGCAAAAAGACAGAUUUAUGCACAAAUAUAUUGUGGUACUGAUGAUUCUAGUUGUUAAAAGU